AUGGUAACAAGGAGGGGAGAUGCUCUGAUGUUGACCCUUUUUUUUUUUUUUUUGUCUCCUUUUCUCUUACACUUCAUUUUUCUUUUGUUGUUGUUGUAUUCUCACUUGAUGUUUUUCCUUUUGGUUCUAUUAUUUUUAUUAUUUAUUUAUUUAUUUCUCUUCUUUUUGAUGUCUUUGCUGGCCCUGUGUGUUUUCAUAUGCGGUUUUCUUUACAGUAGUUAUAACACGCCAGCAUAUCACUCGUGUUUUUUCUUUUUAUACUUCUUAACCACCCAGAUGGAGGUGAUAAACUCGCAAGAGACACCGGAUCAGCAGAAGACUGGCAUCACUCGCGUGGAGGACAAAUAUCUCAUUGAUGAGGAUGCCGUUGUUGGGCGUGGCGCAUGGAGCGUCGUGAAGCGGUGCACUCCGAUUGCGCCCUACGAGCCACCUGCGUUGCGACCCGGAAUGAAGGUUGUGGUGAAGAUCAUUGAGAAGGAAUAUCUCAUAUCUUUGACGAAGGGCAACGUGGAGCGGGCCAUGGCGGAGGUUAAGCGGGAAAUCGAUGUUCUGCGGCAUGUUCCUGCUCACGAAAACAUUGUGACCUUUUUAGAAUACAUUGAGACGGAGAAGGAAUUUCUUCUCUUCUUUGAGGAGGUGCAGUGUGGGGAUUUAUGUGAGAUUAUUCUUCAGGCACCGGAAGGGAAGCUCACUGAGGAGAAGGCCAAACACUACACGUAUCAAACCAUCAAGGCCGUUUUGCACUGUCAUAUUCAUGACGUGAUUCACCGUGACAUUAAACCUGAAAAUCUACUUGUUAGCGAUGACGAUAAUAUCAAGUUAACUGACUUUGGACUUGCCAAACGAUCAAAAGGGGUGUGUACCUCCGCUGAACCAAGGGACCUUUUAGAUCCUGUUGCACUUUGUAUGCCGUACCCUGGCGCAGAGAGAAUUAUUGGAAAGCGCGUUGUCUGUUCUGAUGUCAUUGGUACCCCCCGUUACGGUUCUCCUGAGAUGUUCUACGCGAAGUUUACUCAGACGUAUUAUGACGGAUUUAAGGCCGAUACAUGGUCUGUGGGGGUUGUGACCUACAUUACGCUCUCUGGCAGCUUCCCUUACUCGGCGGCAGCACAUGCUCCAGAGAAGGAAGUAUUUCGCACCAUCAUGGACACUGCACUUCCUGAACCACCGGGCAUAUCCUCUGACGCACUGGAUUUUAUUCAACGACUUCUUAAUAAGGAUCCCCAUAAACGCAUCUCACUGUAUGAUGCACUAACCCAUCCUUGGCUCGAGGGGGUUGCUCACCCGAGGGGAUCCGUUACCGUACCGAGAUUAAUUGAAAAGUUCCCCUCUUUGGAGGUGACCGAAGUUUGCAAUGUGUUUGAUAAGGAGGCUCAAGCGCUGCAUCAAUGUAUUCGAUUGUUACAACGUGAAAAUCAACGUCUUCGUGAUGAACAAGAAAAAUGGGAGGAUGCAGUUGCUAAACGAGAGAGAGAAGCACGUGGGACAAGCACACCGCGGCGUGCUGAAACUCCCUCUGGGGGAUCCCGCGUGCGCGGAGCUCGGACGACUGCUGCUUCUAGCGUCAUGCGUGUCGGUUCACCAUCAAGGACAGGAGUACGACCGGGUCGUAGUAGCAUUGCUCAAGAAAGCUCUAACGGCUCCACGCGCCGUAUGUCUGCGCAUCGUGUAAGUGCACGGAGCCCAUUGGCUCGCAGUGCAGCAAGUACGGUUCGCCGUGGAACACCUGUACGUGCUGGUGUCACGACACCCAUGCGAAGUGGCACGCCGUCCCGCACGACAGGGCGAUCUACUUCCACUACGCGAGGCGUUUCACGUCCCACAAAUGGUGUUACACCUUCCACUUCUCUUGCUCAUCGUGCUUCCACGCCAGGGCGUACGGGUACGCGUUCGACAACCCCAUCCCGUUCCUCCGUUCUCAGUCACGUAACCUCGGCAAAGGAGCUUCAAAUAGGGGAAACAGUCACGUACAAGGGGUAUCGUGCCAUUGUCCGCUUUAACGGUCCGACCGCGUUUGGUGCCGGAAUUUGGAUAGGAUUAGAGAUGAUGGAGGGGAAUGAAGGAACGAACGACGGUUCUUCAUUUAUUGAUAAAAAGCAAUACUUCACAUGUCCGAAGGGUAAGGGGGUAUUUGUGCGUGCAUCCCAGGUAAAGAAACUAUAG